AUGAUACAACAAAUUGUCCACGGCGCACACCGAACUCUCCAAUAUAUCCUACUAUCUUCCUAUCCGCUGGUCUGUCGAGUGCCUUUCUUUUUGCUAUCCCGCGCAGAAGCUUAUCGGCACUUACAUCUGAACUGCCAGUCCGUCCUGAUCAUGUUGACUGCGCUCAGAUCGGCACUGAAAACAGCGCACUUAUUGCGAAAGCUAUACCACAUCACUCACGGCAUGAGUAGGACAACGGGUUGA